GCGCAUCCCCAUUCCUGGGUGGAGGCGAAGGAGGUUUGCACCUUUGCGCCAACGGCAGGAAGAGAAAGGGGUUUGGACCUUUGCGACAGCGGCGUCCCUGGCAGGAGGAGGAGGAGGAGGAGGUGAAAGCUUGCUUGCUUGCGUUUUUUAUUUUUAUUUUUUAGUUUUAUUUUUAUUUUUCCUUGCAGGGCAGAGAAGCAUGUUAGUCUCAAUGCAGCUCCCCUUCCCUCCUCGCCGCUAAUCUCAGUCGUGGCGGGGCGAUGAUGGAUACUUGCCUGCCUGUUCUCACUUCCCACAAAAGUAAGCCCGCUGUCAAUGGAGGAGGACAUUGAUACCCGCAAGAUAAACAACAGUUUCCUGCGCGAUCACAGCUAUGCAACAGAAGCUGACAUUAUCUCUACAGUAGAAUUCAACCACACAGGAGAAUUACUAGCGACAGGGGACAAGGGGGGUCGUGUUGUAAUAUUUCAACGUGAGCAGGAGAGCAAAAAUCAGCCCCAUCGCAGGGGAGAAUAUAAUGUUUACAGCACAUUCCAGAGCCAUGAACCUGAGUUCGAUUACCUGAAGAGCUUAGAGAUAGAGGAGAAGAUCAAUAAAAUACGAUGGCUCCCACAGCAAAAUGCAGCCUAUUUUCUUCUCUCCACCAAUGAUAAAACUGUGAAACUAUGGAAAGUCAGUGAACGAGAUAAAAGACCAGAGGGCUAUAAUCUCAAAGAUGAAGAUGGACGUCUCCGAGACCCCUCCACAAUUACCACACUACGGGUACCUGUGCUAAGGCCCAUGGAUUUAAUGGUGGAGGCAACUCCCAGAAGAGUCUUUGCAAAUGCACAUACCUAUCACAUCAAUUCCAUUUCUGUAAACAGUGACUAUGAAACCUACAUGUCAGCAGAUGAUUUGAGGAUAAACCUAUGGAACUUUGAAAUAACCAAUCAAAGUUUUAAUAUUGUAGAUAUAAAACCAGCAAACAUGGAAGAAUUGACAGAAGUGAUUACAGCUGCAGAAUUCCAUCCACAUCACUGCAACACCUUCGUCUAUAGCAGCAGCAAGGGGACAAUAAGAUUGUGUGACAUGAGAACGUCUGCUUUGUGUGACAGACACUCCAAAUUUUUUGAAGAGCCCGAAGAUCCAAGUAACAGAUCUUUUUUUUCUGAGAUCAUCUCUUCAAUUUCUGAUGUAAAGUUCAGCCAUACUGGGAGAUACAUCAUGACCAGGGAUUACCUCACAGUCAAGGUGUGGGAUCUGAAUAUGGAGAACAGACCUAUUGAGACAUACCAGGUCCAUGAUUACCUCCGCAGCAAGCUGUGCUCCCUCUAUGAGAAUGAUUGCAUUUUUGAUAAAUUUGAAUGUGUAUGGAAUGGGUCAGACAGUGUCAUCAUGACUGGCUCCUACAACAACUUCUUUAGAAUGUUUGAUCGCAAUACCAAGCGUGAUGUGACUCUUGAAGCCUCAAGAGAAAACAGCAAACCCCGUGCCAUCCUGAAGCCUCGCAAAGUUUGUGUUGGUGGCAAAAGGAGGAAAGAUGAAAUUAGCGUGGACAGUCUGGACUUUAGCAAAAGAUCCUGCAUACAGCUUGGCAUCCUUCAGAAAAUAUAAUAGCAGUGGCAGCAACAAAUAACCUGUAUAUAUUUCAAGACAAGGUUAAC